AUGUCCCAAUGGAGUCAAGUUCAACAAUUGGAAAUAAAGUUUUUGGAGCAGGUAGACCAGUUCUAUGAUGAUAACUUCCCAAUGGAAAUCCGGCAUCUACUAGCACAAUGGAUAGAAAGCCAAGAUUGGGAGGCUGCAUCCAACAACGAAGCAAUGGCAACAAUCCUUUUACAGAAUUUGCUAAUACAAGUGGAUGAACAGUUAGAUCGAGUUUCACAAGAAAAGAAUCUUCUCUUGAUACACAACCUGAAAAGAAUCAGGAAGCUUCUUCAGGGGAAAUAUCAUGGUAAUCCCAUGCAUAUAGCAGUGAUCAUCUCAAACUGUUUAAGAGAAGAAAGAAGAAUAUUAGCUGCAGCUAGCAUGCCUGUACAGGGGCCACUGGAAAAGUCUUUGCAGAAUUCCGUGGUUUCAGAAAGACAAAGAAAUGUAGAACACAAAGUGUCAGCCAUUAAGAACAGUGCUCAGAUGACAGACCAAGAUGUCAAAUACUUGGAAGACUUGCAAGAGGAGUUUGACUUCAGGUAUAAAACAAUACAAAGCUUAGAGCAGAGUGAAAAAAACAGUGCCCUCAUUAAACAGGAAAUGUUGACGUUGCAGGCUAUGCUCAAUACUUUAGACUACAAGAGAAAGGAAGUACUCAGUAAAAUAGGACGUGUGAUUCAUGAAAUUGAUGUAUUGGUGAACAACAUGCUGACUGAAGAGUUGCUAGACUGGAAGAGACGCCAGCAGAUUGCCUGCAUUGGAGGUCCUCUCCAUGGUGGGCUUGACCAGCUCCAGAACUGUUUUACACUGUUGGCAGAGAGUCUUUUUCAAGUUAGAAGGCAGCUGGAAAAACUGGAUGAACUGUUGACCAGACUGACUUAUGAUGGGGAUCCUAUCCCAGUGCAAAGACCUCAGCUGCUGGAAAAAGUCAAUUUUCUGCUCUACAAUCUUUUCCGAAAUUCAUUUGUGGUUGAAAGGCAGCCCUGCAUGCCAACACAUCCCCAGAGACCAAUGGUUCUUAAAACCUUAAUACAGUUCACUGUUAAAUUAAGGCUGCUAAUUAAAUUGCCAGAGCUGAACUACCAGAUCAGAGUGAAAGCAACUAUUGACAAGAAUGUUUCAACUGUAAGUAAUCGUAGAUUCGUUCUAUGUGGAACUCACGUGAAGGCUAUGAACAUGGAUGAAUCAGCAAAUGGAAGUCUGUCUGUAGAAUUUCGACAUUUGCAACCCAAAGAAAUGAAAUCGAGUGCUGGAAGCAAAGGAAAUGAGGGCCCUCAUAUGGUGACUGAAGAACUGCACUCCAUCAGCUUUGAAACACAGGUCUGCCUGUAUGGAUUGACUAUAAAUUUGGAAACAAGCUCUUUGCCAGUUGUGAUGAUUUCCAAUGUCAGCCAAUUACCCAAUGCUUGGGCUUCUAUUAUUUGGUACAAUCUAUCAACCAAUGAUCCUCAGAAUUUGUCUUUCUUUAACAAUCCUCCAGCUGCCACUUUGAGUCAGCUCUUAGAAGUACUGAGCUGGCAGUUUUCAUCAUAUGUUGGUCGGGGACUCAAUUCUGAGCAGCUCAACAUGCUGGCAGAAAAACUGACAGGGCAACAAGUCAAUUACAAUGAUUAUCAACUAUCCUGGGCAAAGUUCUGCAAGGAACAUUUACCUGGAAAGUCUUUUACCUUUUGGGUUUGGCUCGAAGCCAUCCUGGACUUAAUUAAGAAACACAUUCUUCCUCUUUGGAUUGAUGGGUACAUAAUGGGAUUUGUGAGCAAAGAGAAGGAACGAAUUCUGCUCAAAGACAAGACACCAGGAACAUUUUUAUUAAGGUUUAGUGAAAGCAAUCUAGGUGGAAUUACCUUUACCUGGGUGGAUCAAUUAGAAAAUGGAGAAGUAAGAUUCCAUUCUGUGGAACCCUAUAAUAAAGGUCGUUUAACUGCACUGCCCUUCGCUGACAUACUGCGAGAUUACAAAGUUAUUAUGGCAGACAACGUUCCUGAAAACCCUCUGAAGUAUCUGUAUCCAGACAUUCCCAAAGAUAAGGCCUUUGGCAAACACUACAGCUGUCAGCCAAAUGAAGUCUCAAAGCCCUCUGAAGGAGGAGUCAAAGGUUAUGUUCCUUCUGUAUUUAUCCCAGUCUCCAAAAUCUUAAAUGACUCCACAGAUCCACAUUCUCCAUCAGAUCUUCUUCCUAUGUCUCCAAGCGUUUAUGCUGUGCUGAGAGAACACCUGAGUCCCACAGUGAUUGAAACAGCGCUGAGUUCUCCUUAUUCAACUGACUGAAGUUCAGGUACUGGAAAAACAAAGAAUCAUGUGGACACUGCAUGGGUUAAAUGAAGUCAAUAUUUAUCAUCUUUGUAAAUUACCAUUUCCUGAAAAUGAUUGUGAUGCUAUUCUUGGGCCUUGUUCUGCUUUCAAAUACAAGUAAACCAAGAAUCUUCUCUGUAGAGUCAGUGGGAUUAUAAAUAGCUUCCUGGAAUUCAGAAUUGCCGUCUUCGCUGAUAGAAGGCCAAAUCCUUUCUGGCUUCUAGGUCCUUUGACUUCUGUGGGGUCCAGUAGGCACAAAUUUGACUUGUAAAAUAAACGGCUGUAGGAUUGCUGUAAAUAUGACAUUAUAAGAAAAUGUUUUGCUUCUGAGAACCACCUGAAAGCAGCCUAUGGGGAUAACUAAAGAGAUUAAGGUUUGGGUGGAUUAGGAUUUCUUCUGCCAAACAGCUUCUAUUAUACUGUUGGUUUGACUUCUAUUUUAAAGAGAAGAUUCUCAUCCCUCUGAGUUUGAUUGUCCCAAAGGUAUCUGGGGUUUGUUUUUUCUAGAGAUGAACCACCUUCAGCACAGAGGGCCAGAGGUUUUUAUCCCACCACAGCAAAAGCCAUGGAAGGGAGGAAGGCAAGGCUGGGAAGAGAAGGGAGUUCUAGAAAGUGAACGGACACAAAACUUGGAGUCAAAAAAGCGCUCUGUCUCCAUUUUACACCUGGAAGACAGGAUUAGUAAAACCUCCCCCUCUCACAGGAUAGUUGCAGAGGUAAAUCGAUUGGUGUGAAGCACUCAGAUACUAUUGUAAGCACUAUCAGGAAGCCUACAAAGAAAAUCCUGAUCUGGCGCAGUAUUUGGAUGCUAUCUGGUAAGAUGCAGACUAGGAAGCACAGUUUGAAAAAAUAAUUACUGAAGAACUGCGUCAUUUGCUGACCACGGGGCAACCUGCAAUAGAUGAUGGAGUGUCACAUGCCAGGGGGAGGCUCCUUUAAUAAACAGAGUAACUAGUUUUUAAAUAAAUGGUAAAUUGCCUUUUAAAAACAUUCUUCUUUCUUGCAGUCACAGUUUAACUUUCUUUUUUCAAUAUUAUCCCUAAAAAAGCCUGUUUAUAGAAUAAUAAACUGGCAAUUCUGUGGUCUCUGUCUUUCAAGUAUACAGGCUCAUUGAAUGGCAACUGUAUAUAUAGUUUGGUAACCUCUGUAAUUUAUAUGACUGAUAUGAAUAAAAACAAAUAUCGGCUUAAAGUUA